AUGGCCUUUGGCUCUCCGGAGAGCGAAAGCUCUCAGGUGGAAGAAAGCAACGCACCAGAAGAAUAUCUCCAGUAUCUCUACAACAACAACAGGCGACGGUACAAACAGACGCACCCCUGCCGCAACUGCCUCGACCUCUUCCACAGGACGGAUGAUUGCCAGCAGCCCUGUGGCCACUGCGGCCAGGACUGGCACACGGUCACCGCAUGCACGGGCUCCAAGCGCAACCGCUGCCGCUGCCGCCCGUUCCCGCAGAGGCACCUCGCCAAGCGGUGCCCCGUCAUGUGUAACCCGGGCGAGUGUCCCGCCCCGCACUCCGGGCCCCUCAUCACCGCUAUGAUGUGCAAGUCCCGCUGCUGCAUGUGCGGCAUCCCCGGCCACGCCGGCCGCGACUGCCACCUCAAGACGUGCCGCUGCGGCCACCAGCACCUGACCAUCGGCCACAUGCCCAUGGACCGCCAGUGUGCCGUCUUCGACUGUCCGCGCUUCUUCUGCACAAGGCACUGCCAGGCCUGCCGCGCCGAGAUGGACAAGGCCAAGGGCGACGAGGACGUCUGCCCGCGGUGCCACGCGAAGCGCCAGCGCGUCUUCCCGCCUUUGAAGCCGCCGGUAUACUCCAACGGCGAGCUGAACUACGAGUACCUGGAGGCGGCCAUGGCGUGGGGCAACAGCAUACAUGGCGAGGCCAUUUUCGGCAAAAACGUUGAAUUUAAUCCUUAG